CAUUCGGCUUGCCAACGCAAGAAGAGGAGCGGCCUCCUUCUUCUAUGGUUUACACCAUCACGUGCCCGUGGGGCCAAAAUUGACGGACUUCCGUCUUCCUUUUCCUUCCUGGUUAAAGUUUCGCCUCACCAUCUUCAGUUUUCAUCUGUCUGUAAAUAUUCACCAACGGCAUCAUUGAUUUGAGUUGCUCUUGCUUUGGCUUUUUUUUACGAACUCCAGCUCCUAUAUAAUUCCCUCUCGUUGCUUUUGGCACCACCUGCAGUCGAACGCUGUUCAAGCUUUGACGAUGGAACUUUUUCCCCAAGUUCAUGUCAACCAGGAUGGCAACAUCGUCAGGCCGGCCGCCGCCGACCACCCACCGUUCUCUGUCCCGGAGUCCCUUUCCGACCCCGUAUCCUCCGUCGACGUAACCAUCGACUCCUCCUCUGGCCUAUGGGCUCGCAUUUACACUCCUCCUAACCCAUCCGGGAAGCCCCUCCCUUUCGUAGUUUACGUUCAUGGCGGCGGUUUCUGCUUCCUCUCCCCCGCCUCCGUCGAGUACCACCAACUCGCCACCCACCUCGCCUCCGAUACAUCCUCCGUAGUCUUCUCUCUCGCAUAUCGUCUCGCGCCGGAGCACCGCCUCCCAACAGCCUACAACGAUCUCCUUGCCGCCUUCCAGUGGCUCUACUCCCCAAAUGCGCGCCGCCAGCUGCCUGCCUCCGCCGACCUCUCCCGACUCUUCCUCAUCGGCGACAGCGCCGGUGGAAACAUCAUCCAUAACGCCCUGAACAUCGGCGCGCCUGCGGAGGUGCUGGAAAGCCUGAGAGGGGUGGUGCUCCUGCAGCCGUACUACGGCGGGGAGGAGCGGACGGAGUCGGAGAAUAGGUGGUCGAACGAGCACGCUUACCUCACCAUGCCAUUCUCCGAUGUUUGCUGGAGGCUGGCGCUGCCGGACACGGACCCACCAUCGACUAGAGGCCACCUAUUCUGCAGCCCUCCUGCUUCCGGCCUGCCAGCCGUCGGCCUGAUGUUGGUAGCAGGCGGCAAGGAUGUGCUGAAGGACCGGUGCCUGAGAGUGGCAGCGGAGCUGGAGAAGUUAGGAAGGGGGGCGGUGGAGCUGCACGUCUUUGAGGAAGAGGAUUACGCCUUUUACGGGCGCCGCCAGGGGCAUCCUGCGUUCAAGCAGCUGAUGGGCUUCAUCUCCGCCUUCAUCUCUCGCUUGGGCUGCCAUUAACGCUGGUUGUUUCGUCGCUUCUCUUGAAAAGCGAGCCAUGGAUCUGCGUGUUUUUUUUUUUUUUUCGUGCUUCAGUAAUUGCUUUUCGUGUACUAUAUUCUGUUACCUUAUAUUAUCAUGUAUCUGUGUUCCUAAAAAUACAAAAAUGUAGCCUGAUGACGUAUGCAAUAUUCAAUAAAAGACUUUUACAUGAG